CUACUAGCCUACUAUAAAAAGCAACCGAAGUUGCCAAACUUUGCCGAUGUUUUUGAAACUCUCUGCAAUUUAUACACCUUCAUUUUUCCACGCCAAAAUUCAACACAAUUCGCAUUUUUUCCCCAAAUUCUAGGGUUUUCUCUCUCCGAUUUCGUGCUUCUAUGAUGUCGCUUUCUCAUCCUCCGACUGUUCGUCCGGUCACCAUUCCCUUCUCCGACAUCCAAGAUAAGAACGAAGAUUUGUCUGCUUUGAUUGAAAAAGGUUUUGGACCUAAUGGACUCGGGAUUAUCUCAAUUUCCAACGUUCCAGGUUUUUCUUCAUUGCGCCAGACUCUUCUGCGUCUAUCACCCAAACUAGCAAAACUUCCGGAGGAAGAGAAGGAAAAACUCGAGGAUCCUGAUAGUAGGUACAACUUUGGUUGGAGUCAUGGGAAAGAGAAGCUUGAAUCUGGGAAUCCUGAUAUGUUGAAAGGAUCAUUUUAUGCAAAUCCCUUAUUAGAUGUACCUACGCUGGACCAAGCCCUUAUUCAAAGGUACCCAGCAUAUUGUGGGCGGAAUAUAUGGCCCCAAAGUGCUUUGCCAGAACUAGAAGUUGCGUUUAAAGCAAUUGGAAGGAUAAUGCUUGAUGUUGGCAUGAUGGUGGCAUAUCACUGCGAUCGAUAUGUAUCUGAAGGCAUGAAAGUUGGAAAAGAUGAAGGCCUUGAACAAAUAAUUCAUCGUUCACGCUGUCAUAAGGGCCGGCUUCUUUAUUAUUUUCCGACACAAGAGAGUGAUCGUUUGAAAGACGACUCGAUGUCUUCCUGGUGUGGAUGGCAUACUGACCAUGGUUCCCUUACAGGUCUUACGUGUGGCAUGUUUUUGAAAGAUGGAGUUCAGGUAGCUUGUCCUGAUAGAGCUGCUGGUCUUUAUGUAAAGACCAGGAAUGAUGAAACAGUCAAGGUUGUGUUUGGAGAAGAUGAAAUUGCAUAUCAGAUAGGUGAAACUACUGAAAUUCUAUCAGGAGGCUACCUUCAUGCUACGCCACAUUGUGUUCGGGCACCAAGUGGCAAGGGGGUAUCUGGUCUUGAACGGUCAACUUUUGCGUUAUUUAUGCAACCUGACUGGGGCGAAAAUCUUAAGUUUCCAGAGAAAAUGCAUAUUCACAAAGAGUUGAUACCUUCAAAUAGUACCCUCACAUUCGGAGAGUAUACGGAGAAGCUUUUGGACAAGUAUUACCACCUUAAAACGUGAUGAGUUGCUUACUCAUAUCCGAGCAGAUGAUCACUGGGUCACCAUGACAUUUUCCUACCUCCUUCCCACACAAAGAUCAUUAUCCCGAGGCCAACGCCACCGGAAAACCAGCUUCAGAAGGCGGUGUUUAUCGAUUGUCAAGCAGCAGAAGACAAGGGUGUAUAUUUUACGGCGUUGUGUUACUAUGCUUCUUUGUUGGCAUGAUCACAGAGUUUCAGAUUAUUGAUUCAGAGUUUCAGACUGUUAAAUUUGUAUUAAGAGUUUUACAUUAGAAGAUCAUGAUACCUUUUCAGGAGUUCAGGGAUGUACAAGACUUUUCCAAGGCUAUCUUUAAGUUGGAGAUUAAUCAGAUGAUUCAGAAAUUUAGAACUCUUCAGCACAUCAGAAAGACAACAUAAUGGGAAAAAUUAGUUUUCCACGACGAUGAAAUCUUAGUUUAUGUAGCCAACCCUAUCAUUGGGAUUAAUUAAGACUCCGGGUUGGUGGUGGUGUAAAUAUAAGCCAUAAACUGUGUCUUAAUUUUACAGUGCUUGCUGCCCUUGUUGGUAAAUGCAAGUUUAAGGGCAGAAAUUUAAUUAGAUGAAUUAGACUAGUUUUCAUGAUGAAUGAUGUACUCACUUUUUAUUGAUGAACACAAUGUCAUGAAAUGAAACAUUGGACUAGAAGUACGAAGUAACAGGUAAUGUUGGGUUCGUCAGUUGAACCACCCUUCAAUAAAAAAUUACAUGAUUAAACUC